AUGGCGACUACACUUCAUGGAACGGCGAUUAUCACCGGGGCGAACGGGUCCCUCGGAUCCGAGGUCGCCAUCGCCAUCGCCAAAGCACAGCCGUUCGUGCAUCUGAUGUUGCUUGCCCGGGAUAUCCGAUCGGAUAGUGUCAAGGAACUAACGGCGAAGCUCCGAUUGAUCGGGCCAAGGUCCGUCGAGGUGUUGAGAGUUGAUCUGGCGAAUUUCAAUUCCGUGGUCAGCUUCUCGCAGAACACGGUCGAGAGAGUCCAGAGCAAGGAAAUCCCGCCGGUGACCUUGCUGAUCAAUUGCGCCGCCGUUUCCUCGUACAUCGCUGAUCAAGCAACUCGGGAUGGCCACGACCCCGUAUACCAGACCAACAGUAUUGCCCCCUUCCUCUUGACGGUCACCCUGCUCGAGGCUUUCCGGGCCGGCGACGGCACCCCCAAUGGCGGAGCGAAGGUCAUCAACAUCGGAUGUGCCUCCAUGUCCAAGGGAUCCUUGGACUACUUCGAGAAGCACGACCUCAGCGACCCGAGUCAACGGCCCGGGUCGCCCAUCAGUGCGAAGGAUGGAAAUAUUCGGUAUGGAAGCAGCAAACUGCUGAUGAGUGCCGCCAUGUAUGCGUUGCGUCGGAGUUUGGUCCUGACCGGCAGCAUUGCACUCAAUAUCUUUACCCUCGACCCCGGCGCAUUGACGGGUGAGAACCACCUCACAACCGCCGCUCCUCUAUCGGUUCGCAUGGCCCACCAAACCCGAUCUGGACUCGGUCCAUUCCUGCGAGUGUUCUCGAAGAGUGCCAUCAACAAGGCCACGGUACCGGCCAAGAUCAUCGCCAAAAUCGCCUUCCAACGGGAGACUGUGGAGAACUGGGGCAGGGAGCGAUACUUCAUUCUGGAUAGCGAAUACGAAGCCGGGUCCGUAAUCCCGACAUUGCGAGACCCCGCGCAGAUGGAUGCGUUGCUCAAAAAAGUAAUGCGACAAGUCGAGAUCGGAAUCAAGGGGAUGGGAUCGCCCGAGUCACGGAUAUCGCGGUUGACUGCGCAGUGA